GAGGACACAUUACCAGCUCGUUCCACAGUGCACAAUGUUCUAUUACUCGAUACGCAUUUAAAAGGACAAUUAUGAAAUGUCUAAACAAAAGAUUUAAAAUAAAACUAAAAAAAUAAAUAAUAAAAUUACAGUGACAACAUUAACAAGUCUCGAACAGUGAAGUGUAUUUGGUGUAAACAAGAUCUGAUUUAUGACAUUUUUUUUUCUUUUUAAUUUAAUAAUUUAUUAAUUAUUAAUUUUUGUUAAUUUUUAAUUUAUUUAUUUUUGACGGAAACAUAUUACUGUCAUCAAGAUGAUUACUCUAUCGUUGAAAGAAGCAAUGAAGAUCGGUUUUAUUGGUGGAGGAAAAUUGGCGUACGCCUUGGCAAGUGGAUUCAUAUCAGCCGGUUUGGCAAAAGCGGAUGAAAUCACAGCCAGUUGUCAUCCAUCCGAUUUGGUCUCCGCUGAGGCAUUCAAGAAAUUAGGAGCAACAAGCCUGUUUGAAAACAAACCUGUGGUAGAAAGAUCGGAAGUGGUGAUUGUGUCGGUCAAACCUGAUGUGGUAGUUCCAGCUCUCCAAGAUGUAAGAGAAUUGGCUGCAUCGAAGAAUAAGCUGUUCAUAUCAGUAGCUAUGGGUGUCUCUACUGGAACUAUAGAAAAGGUCCUCCCAACAGAAGCACGUGUGAUCCGCGUAAUGCCGAACACGCCAGCUCUAGUCAACGAAGGCGCUGCUGCGUUGAGCCGAGGGUCACGAGCCACAGCUGAGGACGCCAAGCUGGCUGCACAGCUGUUUCGCGCUGUGGGCACUUGCGAGGAGGUGCCCGAGUACCAAAUGGAUGCAGUCACCGCCCUCAGUGGGAGUGGACCGGCUUACGUAUACAUGCUAAUUGAGUCACUAGCCGACGGCGGGGUCCGCUGUGGCCUGCCCCGAGACCUGGCGCUUCGGCUGGCUACACAGACGACCCUGGGCUCGGCCGCCAUGUUGCGUAAUGGCGGACAUCCGGCCGCCAUGAAAGACAACGUCACAUCCCCUGGAGGAUCAACGGCGGAAGGGACAUAUCACUUAGAGAAAAAUGGGUUCCGAUCAGCUGUUAUUGGUGCAGUUAUGGCGGCGACAGAACGGUGUAAAGUAGUCAAUAAAUUAUAUCAAUAGGGGUAACUAAAAGUUAUAGGAAUAAUUGCAUAUUAUUGAGUCUCCGAAUUUCUAAAAAAUAUGAAAUAAAAAUGUCUACAUA